CGGCCGCCUUUCCUCCAUGCGGCAGUAAGAAGAGAACAACUUCCUCUGGAGUUCACCCUACACAGCCCGAUUAAUAUCUCAUUAAAUGACGGCCAAAAGAUGAAGUUGCCUUUUUUGACGGGUACCAGUGGGCUCUAGCGAGUUGCUGGAGGGUGGUAGGGACGUGAACGGGCGGCUAAGAACCCAUAAAACAAAAACACGAAUAAUAAUGCCUCUCAGGGUUGGCGGUGGAGAUGCCCGGGUAGCAGCGAGCGUCUUUCUCCCGCUCGUCGCUUCGCUCUUCUUCGUGUUGCUGGUUGGAGUCGCGGCGAUUCCCGAGGAAUCGAACGCUGUCAAGGAACAGGCUCCCAUUGAGAAAAAAACAAGUGUCCCUCCCCUGGUGUCCGUGGUGAAAGAAAAUGACCACAGCCAAGGGAACUUGGGAUUCAUCCACGCCUUCGUGGCCGCCAUUUCUGUCAUCAUUGUAUCGGAGCUGGGCGACAAGACCUUCUUUAUCGCUGCCAUUAUGGCCAUGCGAUACAACCGGCUCACUGUGCUGGCCGGUGCCAUGCUGGCUCUGGGGCUCAUGACCUGUUUGUCUGUGCUGUUUGGCUACGCCACCACCAUCAUCCCCAGAAUGUACACCUACUACGUGUCCACUGGCCUCUUUGCUAUCUUCGGUGUGCGCAUGCUGCGCGAGGGCCUGAAGAUGAGUCCCGACGAGGGCCAGGAGGAGCUGGAGGAGGUGCAGGCUGAGAUCAAGAAAAAGGACGAAGAGCUGCAACGUUCCAAAAUGGCCAACGGCAUGGCGGACCUGGAGGCGGGCUCCGGCUCAACUUUGCCGCCACCGUCAUCCAGGUGGCACAGUGUCAUCUCGCCCAUCUUCCUCCAGGCGCUCACCCUCACCUUCCUUGCAGAGUGGGGCGACCGCUCCCAGCUCACCACCAUCAUCCUGGCUGCCCGCGAGGAUCCAUUUGGCGUGGCUGUGGGGGGCACGCUGGGUCACUGCUUGUGUACAGGCCUUGCUGUAAUAGGCGGCCGGAUGAUUGCCCAGAAAAUAUCCGUCAGAACAGUCACAAUCAUCGGCGGGAUCGUCUUCCUGGCGUUUGCCUUCUCCGCACUCUUCAUCAAGCCCGACGCUGGACCGUGAGAGCGCCACUGAAAGAAGUGUACAUACCGUAACCAGUACUCGCUGUAGACAUUGUACAGUGUUGACCGAAAAAGCCGAGUCCCCUCCACUGCAGCCUUCUAGCUCCGAGGUAUUCUGGAAGAUGUAGUCCGAAGUAGACGGACGUUACUGAACUUGAAGACAGCAGUCGUUUGCUUCACAGCUUUUUUUGUGUUGAUUUUUUUAAAAAGAAAAAAGUGUUACUCAAUGGUGUCAGUAGAUUCGUUGAUCUUUUAAUUCAGGAACACAUUUAAUCAAUUUACUUUUUUCUGCUGUAUUGGGGCAUAAAUCACUCCAAUGUUUUUUCAUCCACCUUCUAUUUAUUUAGUUUCAUCUUCUUUUCAGAAAGUGUUGAGCAAAGCGGUGGCCAGGGAAUAUUUUUGUAAAUGUUUGACAAGUGAACAGUGAAAUGUGUAACAUGUCGCAAUAAAUGCAUUUGAUUCAAA